AUGCAAGGGGGUGGAAACGCACUACCCAGGAAGUAUUGGCACAGCGUGAAUGUUCGAGGCAUCUUUCGCUUGCCCAUUGCUGGACUCAUCUGGUGGUGUGGGGUUUGGGUUAUGACCAAACCAGCUCAAAAGGCGCAGUAUCUGCGACAUGGCCAACAGCCGUUCGAAUAUCAACCUAAUGACCUUCUAAAACAAGGUCAGCCACUCGACAUGGUAAAGCAGCGUACAUGCCCAGCCGAUUUCAAACAAGACAACGAGCGAGCGGUGAAGCGUCUCUUAUAUUUGAAACAAGGGUCCAAAGAGACUCAUAAUUUGGCCUUAAUAAGAGUAGCCAUUGAGCAAGUUCGCAACAUCCUUCAUGCUCGCAGGUGCGAAAAUGAAGGUCUUUACUGUGAAGACGGCGAGAGUUGUAGAAAAUCGAAUAGGGCCGACAAUCGCAAAGAAUCGAACGGGGCCAUGGGUAGUAAUGACGACGAGGGAUCCGUGGCUGACGCGGACGACGACAGGAACAACGACAGGGACAACCACGACGACGACAAAGGGGACAAAGAAUCAAAUGGGACCAUGAGUAAUGACGACGAUGAGGGGACAUCACUUCAACUGGAUUUCUCUGUGAAGAAAUCAAGGUUCCUUGCAUUUUGCUUUUAUAUGAUCGCGAAGCAUUUAACACUAGGCAAACACAAAACAUGGCGAAAGAAACCAUGGCUGGAAUUCCACUCCAGCAGCGUUGAGAAAUCACCGGAACGAAUGUACAAGUAUGUAUAUGACAUUAGUCGGCUGUCUGGACCUUCUCGAGCCUUGUCAAUCGAGAAAAUAGUUGGGGCUCUUCGGGAAUGGAACGGGCCCUUUGGUCGUCACCCGUCAUUUGAUGUACCCCGUAUAGUAGUCGGGUUUAGUGGAGAUGCUUACACUGAAUCAAUAUGCGAGGCUAUCGGAUUUGUUGAGCAAAAUUCUCACGCUUCUGCUACCAACCGGGGAAGCCCAAAUAGCCAGGAUAUCCACCCCGAGAUGAGUCAGAAGCGGGCAUCUUCUUCCAAAAAGGAUUCUCCUGUCAAGCGAAGAUGCCACCGGCGAAAGGAACAAGCUGGUCACUCACAAGACAAGACAGGGCAUACAGCCAGCACCGGGAACACAAAUGGACAAAGAACUCAAUUAAAUACACCUGAGGUAUGCCAGUUCGCGACAGAAGGUUUGACAUCUGUGGAAGGCGCCAGCUCUCUGAGCAAUACUGAAAACAACACCAAUGUCCACCGAGCACCAUCCGACAGAUUCCAGAUCAGACCUGUAUUCGAAUUAAGCACCUCGACUAUUACAGGCUUCAAUGAUCCUGCACGGCAAACGUCCGCCAACCACCUGGGAACCUCGAAUCAAAUAGAAAACAGACGCGGCACAUCCUCAACAAGCUCAAUAUCCGCUGACAACUCGCUGUACAACGGUCCUGGUGGCUCAGAUGUUCUUGAGCGCCACAAUGAUUCUUUUUCGAACCAAGUGCGCGAUGGUUUGCAGCUAAACCCCAUCGGGGAGCUCUCGUUGGAAGAGCAAGAGGUUGCCCAAAUGCCUCAACAAUUUCAACAACAGACACAACCAACAUCCGAUCCACCUACACAGCAGUUGGGAGAAGUGAGCGUGCGAAAUGUCACGAGAGAGUGUACUCAAGCAGUCAGCGCAAAUGACCAUGGUGGCCUCGAAAAUGAUACAGAUGUUCCGUCGCAUGCCCCUGGCCCGAUCGUCGAUGCCCACAUGGCACAAUAUACAGUAUCCGGGCAGGAUUCAGUGAUGCAAGACAUUGAUGUUACAAAUGAUAUAGUCAGAAUAUCACCCCGGCGAGAGGAAAUUACUGGGCCGGUUUCUGUGACAAACGCCGCGGGCAACUUAUCGAACUUCGAGGAUAACUCUUUCACUUUUUUCCAAACACACGAUCCUAAUGAGGAGUCUCCGAUAGUUUCCCAGAGUCAUUCCCAAAACAUACCUCAGGGAGCUCUGCCCAUCAAUAACAACUCCGAUUCAUCUUUUGACCCCGCCCCUGUCGUCGACGAAAAUCAUGAGCGUCAGUUCAGUGGAAGAGUAUCUGGACCUAUUAAUUCACAGAAUCGUAUACCUGAGGGCCAAUCAUUACAUGGAAAUCCUACCCCAGAAUCCCAAUUGACAGUCGAGCCAUGGCCGAGUGUGUACUUUAACCAGAGCGUGUUUCAUGACCUCGGUACACAACAUCCAAUAUCUAGGCAAUCGACAGUCGAGCCAUGGCCGGGUGUGUACUUUAACCAGAGCGUGUUUCAUGACCUCGGUACACAACAUCCAACUUCUGGGCAAUCAACAAUCGAGCAAUGGCUGAGGAGUGUGGUUUAUGACAAUCAUUCACUGGUACUUCCAGAUGCUAGCUCAGCUGAUGGCAUGAACUUUCAUCAGUUGCCACUGUUCCCAAGUUCUGACAGUUCAAAUACACGACCAUCAGUGUUCCAGGAAGGGUUUAUGAGAGAAGCAUAG